AUGCCUCUUCACGACAAACUCAUUGUUACCUUGGUUCUAUCAAUGGGCACAGUGGCCGUCAUUGCCUCCGCUCUCAGGAUCUUCUUUAUGCACCCUGGUAUCCUGAGGAACUCGAGCAUCAAAUGGUAUGAGAAGGCAGAUGGGUCCUUAGCUGCGGAUAUGACGUGGAACGCCGUUAACCCCGGAGAAUGGACUCUUAUCGAAGCCAAUCUGAUGAUUAUAUGUGCAAGCAUAUUCGCUCUGCGGAGGCUGUGGGCGCACCAUCGGGAGAAAAGAACUUCGCGACCUGCGGGAAGUGUCAGCGGUCGCCGGGCCCCGCAGUCAGCUAGUCGACGAAAGUUAGAAUUUUAUUCGCUAUCACAUAUCCUACAACGAACAUCCGACUCUAACGGGGCCGGGGAUAGUGAGGCGGCCGAGCAAAGUGGCGCGGGGACUGGCUCAGACAAAGAGUUAAUCGGAUAA